AUGGAGUCCGUUCGCCAGUCUUGUCGGCCAAAGCACCAGGUCUUGACCUUGAAAUGUUAUCCAAAAUACCAGAAGGGAGUGUCGGAGGUCCGGCCGAAUCCGAGUGAACUCUCCUACCUGCUGUACUAUACGAGCACGCGCCGCAGCAAACUGACCAAGGUCGGUGGUUUCCUGGAGAAGAGAGUUGCUCGGGAUGUCUGGAGACGCAGAAUAGGGAAUGUUCAGGUGGCGCUGCAUAUCCUGGCUGCGCUCAUUGAAAAAGUUCCUCGCGACCUGCCUAUCUACGCCCGAUCCGUCAUGACAAUAAUCGACACCGUUCUCCGAUCAAAUGACAUAAAUAUGGUAGAGGAAUCGAUUGUGACAUUCGAAAUGUUCUGUCAGUAUCAGGACAUUGCCGCCAUCGCGGCUGACCAGGGCCUCGCACAUCAAUACCGAGAAGUUGUGCGAACUUACACUAGCCUUGCCGACCCGGAAUUUACAUCCAACUCGAACUCAAAUUUCAGCCCGCAGAUGGCCAUCCGAUGGAGAAAUGCGGGACUGCAAGCUAUUAGAGCUGUGGUCAGCUCAGAGACCUUGACCACCGAUGGGGGAAUCUCGCUGAAGCUCUGUUUGCCGGUUGUUCUGAAGAAUCUCUAUUCUGACGAUGAAGAUCUUCUUACGACACUGAAGUCCAAACUUACCGAACCUGACCCGAAUGAGCGCGAGAGGCCCAAACCCCGCCGAAUGAGUGUCAACACGGUGCAUACAGUGGACACGGCAGAGGGUGACCCCGAGUUGGCUGCGCAGUCGGCUGUGGAAGCAGAUCGAAAGGCGGAACUGGGCGCUCGCGUCUUGGCCCUCCGCUGUCUCGAGCAAACCAUCGUCUCGGGCAGUAACCGGGGCCAGAUCCGUACUGCAGUAACGGUUGUUCUACAGUUCAUUUCAAGCAAGGGCUUCCCACGGAGCGAAAAGCAUGUCCAGAUCAACGAGGGCAAAAGUGGCAACUGGGCAACAUCUUUGAUCGAGCUCAUUGCGAACUGGUGUCCAAUGCAAGUUCGUUUUAUCAUCCUGAUCACAGCUAUGGAGAUUCUCCACGAUACAAGCCCAAAGGAGGACGCUUUAGAGUCAUCAUUCACCAUUCUUUCUGUGGUGGAUUGGCUUCUCAGUUCUUCUGUGAAUAUGAUUGGACUUAGCGUCAUGGACAUCCUCUCUGGGCUCAUGCACUACGCUUCUGAUAUAAUCUCACCGCCAGAGCGUACUGGGUCUGCAGAAUCAGAGAAGAAAUCAAAUCGACAGACUGACACCGUGGUUCAAAUCUGUCCCCGACGACAGGAUCUUCUUACGCUACUGGAGCAAUGUAUUGGAGAUCUUGCAACGCACAUGUACUACAGAGACCAAGUCGCAGACAUGAUGCGUGCGAUUCUCAGGCAUUUCAAGCCUAAUUUCCACCAUGACAGUUCUACGCCAUCCACAUUGGCGACCGUUCACGAAUCUAGUGUGGCACAUGAGGGCUCAGCAAAUUCCGGAUCUGAGGCAUAUGGAGAGAAAACAAGCGCAGGUAGCUUCUCGCAUGCUGCUGCUAAACUGACUGCUCUCCGAUCCGUCAAGGCUAUCUUGGUUGUGGCCAAUUCAAGGACGCCAGCAACCAUGUCCGGCGUCGAAUCUAGACAGCCAGUCGGAAUCCAUGUGUGGGAAGGAACCCAAGUACUUCUUCGUGAUGCGGAUCGUGAUGUUCGCUAUGCAUACACAGAUGCAUUCCUAUCAUGGCUGCAAAUGGAGACCUAUGCGGACGACCUCAAGGUCAAAUUAGAUUCACCCAAGUACAUCAAGACAACCCCCAAAAGAGAAAGCGAGCAGGUGGACAGGUCGAUCCGACGAAGUAGCUCGGCCUCCGGGAAUCAGAGGGAUAAAGUGGCGCUAGUGGCUCAGUCGAACUUCCUACGGCUUCUGCACCUGGCUAUAUACGAUGCUGCACUUGAGGCAGCUGUUGAUGACGCUGAGAUUCUCCUGCUGCACCUACUUCUUGCAAAUCUUGUCGAGAACCUUGGGAUUAAUGCUGCCCAAUUCGGUGUUCCUAUGGUCCUCAAAAUGCAAGACGACUUGUUAAACUCUAUAGAACUGAGCUCUGUCGCAGCUCGCGUCAACAUUGGAAGCUUGAUACAUGGAUAUCUUCUUGCACUGUCUGAGUAUUUCAACAUGCAGUCCUCCCCCGUGGGACUUGAGAUCAGUAAUGAGAUUCAAGAGCGACAAGGCAAGGGAUGUUGGCUUUCCAAAAUCUGCCUGCCCCCAGUGGAUCUUAAUGCCAUUGAAUUUGACAAUGAGAAGAGGUCUGGCAACAAUUCCACUUCUCGACCUCCAUUGACACCCUUCCGUAAUGUCGAUGGACUUGUCUCUACGAUUGAAGAGUCUUAUCGCAUGUCGGCAUCGUCUCCUCCACAAAGCCCCUCGACCUCUUCUCCAGCACAAGGAUUCACGUUCCCGGUUCUCGGGCACCCCACAACAACAGUCAAAUCCCAAGUCGAGGGUGGCCUCCCGUCCGUCGUGAAAGAACAGAUGUUGUCUCCGUGGUCUCGUGAGGCGUGUUUGGCAGCCGUCGAUAAGGAAAGCACUGGAACUUUAUCGAUCAAUGGCUCUCGGGCUACUCAAAAUACUCGCAACAAUCAAAACCAAACCAAUGCGGUUACAAAUAUCUCACCCGCCGGCUCUCAGUAUAACCGCCGCAUGAGUGUCCCGGAGAUAGCAGCCUCGUCAUCCCACGGCUCGAGCAGAGGCUCGCCUGUUCGCGUCAAUGAGCUUCGACGCGUGCUUUCGGUUACUAACGACUCCCAUGCUCGACGCCUCAGUCCACUGCGUGGACGACUUGACGCGUCGAAUGCUAGCAUCAUCUCUUCCGGGAGCGAUAGCAUGGUCAGCGGCAACUUCUCUGUUUCCGAGAUAGAGGGAGAUGCUACCUCGAUACAUCCAGAGAGCCCACAAGCACCCGAUCACAAUGAAACGAAGACACCCCGUGCUUUGGCUGCGGCAAUUGUCCCACCAGGUGACAAAGCCCUAACCGGCGAGGCUCCGAAUUUAGAAAUGAUUGAGUCAGACGCAGAAAUCCCCCCCGUCCCCCCGAUCCCAGCCGGUUUGUCGAUCCGAGGUGGCUUCCCAAACGACUCAAAGCGUGCGCAGCCCUCAAAUAAUCGCCCAUACACCGCGCCGGUUCCCUCGGCGGCGAGAGACAGGGCUGAAGCCAGUGCCUUGAACAAUAAGUCUCUAAAUCUCAACAAGAGCCGAUCCAACCGUAGCCUUGCCACUGCUGCAAUUCCUGAACUCUUAAACGACUAUGAGUCGGAUGCUCUAGAUGGUAGUCACCGGGAUCAACUGAGGAAGCUCUUAGAUGGGUUCCUUGCGCCAAGUGAAACCACGCCGACAAUUGGAAGUCGCCCGACAACUGUCAAAUCUGCUUCCAAGGCUCCAUUGAGCGAGUCUCACAACAGACGGCGGAUUAGCGGAGGCCUUGGUCGGCCGCCCUAUUGA